CCGCCAGCCUCAAUCCAAUGUCCUGCGGCGACUAGAUGGCGCCACAUUGCCAGAUCUGGCGCUAGUGCACGUUGAAGGUAGAUGACAUGAGCUUGGCAAAGACGGCAGCCCCGGUUUGGCGAUUCCAGGACGGCGCUACGACCGUGGAGCCAGUGCUGUGCCGACUACGCGGGAUGUGUAUAAGAAACUUACGGCUCGCACCUAGAGAAGGGCAGGCUUGACGCUCACACUCUUUCACACGCUCUUUAGCAUACGCUCACUUUCGACGACUAUCCAUUCGAACAUUCUUCAGACUUCCAUUCUUCGACUAUACCAGUUUCUCCAACAAAACAACCAACCGACCAACCUCAAAAUGAAGUACUCGUACGCUGUCGCUCUCGCCGCUGCCCAGCUGGCUACUGCCCACACUACCUUCCAGUCCUUUGUCAUUGACGGCAAGGACCAGGGCCAGCACUUCGCUGUCCGCACUCCUUCCAACGGCAACAACCCCAUUCUCGAUGUCACCUCAUCCGCCAUGACCUGCAACGGCGGCACAGCUGCCGCUGACACCCUCGAGGUCGCGGCUGGCUCUGAUGUCACCUUCCAGUGGCAUCACAACGACGGCGCCUCCACUGAGGGUGACGCCGACGAGCCCAUCGCUGCUUCCCACAAGGGCCCGGUGAUGGUCUACAUUGCCCCUGCUGCCUCUAACGGUGAGGGUGCCGUCUGGACCAAGCUCUUCGAGGAUGGUCUUACCAACGGCAAGUGGGCCGUUGAGACCUUCAUCGCCAACGAGGGUAAGAUCACCAUCACCCUCCCCGACCUCGCCGCUGGUGAGUACCUGAUCCGUCCUGAGAUCCUUGCUCUCCACGAGGGCAACCGCGAGGGUGGUGCCCAGUUCUACAACGGCUGUGGUCAGAUCAAGGUCACUGGCUCCGGCUCGGCCUCUCUCCCCACAGCCGGUGUCGACAUGACCAAGGCAUACGGCCGCCGCCACAUCUGCGGCUGCCACCAGCGCUACGCCUACUUCUUCCGCAGUCCCUACCUCCGCCGUCGCUGAGGCCACCCCCACUGAGGCUGCCUCCUCUGCUCCCGCUGCCACCAGCGCUGCUGCUCCCGCCCCUACCUCCGGCUCCGGCUCCGGCUCCUCCACUCUCCCCGAGGAGUUCACCCUCGCCGAGUUCAUUGCCUGGCUCAAGGAGACCACUGGCGCCAGCGGUGCCUCCAAGGUCCGCCGCCACGCCCGCUCUUUCUUCGGUUAAGCGGUUCCUCGCCUCCCGGAUGUGGAUAGUG